AACGCUAGAUGCCAACGGCAACCUAGCGUUAGCUAGCGUUAACUAGCUCUAAAAACUAGCACGGUAGUUCCCUUUGACUUCCGUCCUUGUGCCAAUUGGAGCAGUACGACCUGACUAAGCAGAGAAUAAUCCACCAACAUUGUCUAAAAUGCUGCCGGACGCUUACGGCUGCGUUGUGGCGAACAGGUUUGGGAAUCUUCUGGAUGACGAUGCUGACCCGUUCGACUUGAUCAACGAGGUGGAAAUGGAGAAGGAGAAAAAGAAGAAGAAGAAGGGAGAGGGGGAGAAGAAAGGCAAGCAGAAAAAACCUGGCCAGAAGGAAUCCCAGAAGGACAGACGCCUUCCUGUCGCGUCGGAUGGUCAAGACUCGGUUCCAGUCCGUAAGCAGCAGCAGCAGCAGCAGGCUCGUCCUGGAUUAGUGACAGAGAGUGGAGAUGGCAGAGAGGAGGCCCAGAGGGGCACGAAGAGGGCUGUCUUCGGGGAGCGUAGGGCCAACAAAGAGGAGUACCCCCAGGAGUUUUCCAUCUCUAAGCCUUCCUAUAAUGCAGACUCUGACCUCAGUGGCAGAGGGGGGAUCAGAGGUAGAAGAGGAGCAAGAUGUGGAGGAGGAUACACAAGGAACUCGGACAACUUCAACCUCAGGGGCAAGAGAGAGUAUGAUCGACACAACGGAACAGGUAUUUCUCCUGAGGAAAAGAGAGGAGGCAGAGGACCCUGGAACUGGGGCAGUGUUGAAGAAGCUGCAAGUGAAUUAAUGGAGGUUACAUCCGAUGCUCCAGUCAAAUCUGAAGAGCCCCAAAACCCUAUGGAGGAAGACAAUCAGAAUCGCGCAAUGGAAGAGGAAGGAGAGAUGAUGGUCCAGGUUGCUGUGGAGAUGACCCUGGACGAGUGGAAGGCCAUGCAGGAGAUGAGUCGUCCCAAGGCAGAGUUUAAUAUUCGCAAAGCAGAGAACAAGAUUCCCUCCAAGGCCAAGGUCAUCCACCAGUCAAAGCACCUGGAGACCCUCAAGGGGACUGUGGAGGACAUGGAGGAUGACGGCAACUUCCUCCGUAGGUCUGUGAAUGACAUCACCUCCCUUCUGGACAUCAAUUUCGGGAGUCUUGGACGCCCCAGUCGUGGGGGUCGGGGAAGGGGAGCACGAGGUGGUCCGACUAGUCGCCCAGAGAGAGCCAAGCCCAUAUUAGAGAGGGAGGAUGAGCUGGCUCCUAACCCAGAUGACCCAGAAGACUUCCCAGCACUAUCAACAGGAAGAUAACUAAAUUCACUUCUCUUCAUUUACCUCCUGUGGGGAAUAUUGGUUGCACUUGCUUAAAAAAAUAAAAAAAUAAAAAAUACUGUCUUCAUGUUUCUGCUGUUCUUAAGGUUUGGGGUUUUAUUGUACUUAGUUUUUGUUCUAUUGCACCAAAGGCACUGUUCAGCAUUUGACUCCUGGAGAAUAAAUGCUUUUGCAAGUUCAUCUUGGAGCUCUAUUUAUUUUACACAAAACAAGUAGGAAAUAUAAGUUUUGGUGUAUGGACCUGUGUUGUCUUUGCAUUUGUAGGCAAUAAUGCAACUGAUCAGCAAAACAUGAACUUACUAUACACAUGUGAUAUCACAGUAGGAACUGAACUUAAUUGAUACUAUGUUAAAUGUAUCUUGUUAUAUUAAACAUAUGAUGUAAGAACUAACAGCCAGAGACAUAAUUGGGAGUACAUUUUUAUUUUAAAAAAUGUGAUUCUGUGCUUAAAGCAAAUGUCUUUAGUGGAUUAUGAACAUGAGUUGGAAAAGGCCCCAUUAGGACCACUGACUAAUUUCAUAGCAUGAUUCAAACAUAGUACAAAAUAUUUAAAAAAUACAAACUGAGUAUAUCAAAUGUAGACAUAUUUACAGUCUUGAAAUACAGUAACAAGUAAAAGGAAUUAAAAAAAAAAA